CUCUGACCUGUGGAUUCAGGUAGGAUAAUUCCUUUUGAGGACCUCCCCUACCUCCACCUCCUGUUGUUCUAGCUGUGAAGUGUUGCUACUGAAAAUCCAGGAACAAUUUCAUCCAUGCAGUUUUGGUUUACUCCAGGGGUCUAUCUGCUUCCCUACUUUUAAACAAUGUUCUCCAGAGCAAUCUCACCUCUUCCAAAGGCACAGCUACUUUUGUACAGUGUAGAUGAUUUUUUCAUAUUAAUCCCUAGAUUAAGGUCUCAGAAGUUGUUGAAAGGUUUCCUGCAGCCUGAAAUGACAGAGAGCCUCAUAUAAGGACAUCCCUAUUUUAAACCUAAGGAAUAUUGCUUAAUAGGUAUUAAUCUGAAGAAACAUAUUGUAUGGUAAAGCUUUUGACAGACUACCAACCUUCUGAACACCCAGAGAGCAUUACAUUUUUGUCUGAUCAGAAGCACCUAAUGUCACUGCACAUGCUACAAUGGAAACUCUAAGACAGAUACAAAGUUUUGGUAUCUGUGUUACCUGUAUGUAUCCUAUAGCAUCCAGUAUGGUGUUCACCACUCUUCUAGUUUCUUGCUGCUCAUCUCUGAACAUAAGAGCUCGUCCACUUGUUUCUAAUUCACCUUUCCUUUCUAUCUGGAAUGCUCCUACAGAACUUUGUACUGAAAGGACUGGAGUGCAGCUGGACAUGAAAUUUUUUUCUCUCAUUGGGAGCACAUUGAAGACAUCCAUUGGGCAAAACAUCACUCUUUUCUAUCCAGACAGGCUUGGCUAUUACCCUUACAAAAAUGAAAUUACAGGAGAGGCAUUCAAUGGAGGACUCCCUCAACUGUCAUUGUUGGAGAAUCAUUUAAAAAAAGCCAAAGAGGAUAUCCAGUUCUAUAUUCCUUCAGAUGAACAGUUUGGAUUGGCUGUCAUUGACUGGGAAAACUGGAGGCCUGUGUGGAUAAGGAACUGGGGAUCAAAAGACAUUUAUAGACAGGAAUCCAUUGAACUGGUUCAGCAGAGAGACCUCAGUCUAUCAGAAGCCGAAGCCAGGACUAUCGCUAAAAUGGAAUUUGAAGCUGCAGCUAAAUCAAUUAUGUUGGAAUCUUUAAAGCUGGGCAUAAAAAUGAAACCAAAUCGUCUGUGGGGAUAUUACCUUUAUCCAGACUGUUAUAACUAUGAUUACAAACAAAACCCACAUAAUUAUACAGGCACCUGCUUAGAUAUUGAAAUAGAAAGAAAUAAUGAGCUUAACUGGUUGUGGGAGAAAAGCACAGCACUUUAUCCAUCUGUCUAUCUAGAGACAGCCUUAAGAUCUUCCAGAAAUGCCCAGCUCUUUGUUCGCAAUAGAGUUCAAGAAGCUAUUAGAAUUUCCUAUGUCUCUAAUUCUACUCAUCCCCUUCCGGUUUUUGUAUAUACACGUCCAGUAUUCACAGAUGUCUAUGAGGAGUAUCUUUCCCAGGAUGACCUGGUAAAUACCAUCGGAGAAUCUGCUGCACUGGGUGCUUCUGGAAUUGUGAUCUGGGGUGAUAUGAAUUUAACACAAAAUAAGAACACCUGUAGAACUCUGGACAACUACCUUAGGACGACUUUGACCCCAUACCUCAUCAAUGUCACAAUGGCAGCCAGAAUCUGUAGCCAAGUGUUAUGCCAAGACUCUGGUGCUUGCGCACGGAAAAAGUGGAAUUCCAGUGACUAUCUUCACUUGAACCCUGAGAAUAUUGUCAUUCAAAUGACAAAGGAUGGAAAAUACACUCUACAAGGGCAACCAGCAUUUCAGGAUCUGCAAACAUUCAUAGAAAAUUUUGAUUGCCACUGUUAUGCAGGCCACAGUUGUGAACGUAGAGCUGAUAUAAAUGACAUCCAUUACCUCCAUGCUUGCAUUUCAGAAGAUAUUUGCAUUCAUAUAUCCUCAAAUUCACUUUCUAAUAUAGAAGCCUCUGAAGAAAAGAUUCUGUCUAACAGAACUGUAUUUUCAUUUACCUCUCAGAGUAAGGUGACAUUAUCUACACAUUCUGAAAUAGAAGAUUUCCAAUCUACCGUUGGAAAUAAUAUACUCAAUACAACAACUGCAGAAUAUAACACUGUCACAUCUGCCACUAGAUAUGAUUUAGAAGCAAAUGAUACUCGUACUUUCAGCAGUUCUUCAUCCUAUACGAUAUGGAUGUUUAAUCUGUUUUGUUUAAUUCUAGUUUUGAGAAUCUUAAUAUAAAUGGCCCAUGAAAGUGAGAAUAUUCUUUUCCCUGGCUGUGUUUGAAAUUCUAAAGGUUUUAUUUACAAAGAAAAAUCUUUCCCGAAAGGCAUAUGGUCUUAUCUGUAUCAGGUAACCUUUUCUAUUCCAUAGGUGACACUUCAGCUUGAAUGUAUUUCUUCAGUUUAGUUCUAUAAACUAUUUGUGCCAAAGAUAUUCUGGUCUGUAUAUAUUGAUUAUACCAUAUGAAAGGAUAAUCCAGAAUAAGGAACAUUUUUUUAAAGUUUACAUUUUUAACAGUUAUAUUUGGAAAAAAAACAAAUGAAUUAUUGAUAAUGCCAUUUUGUAUGCUUCAAGUUAAGCCAGUUAAAUACAUCUCAACCUGGAUUUCAUUGAGUCUCAGCACUCAACAGGUUUGAUGCUCUAUGCAGGAAUUAAUUUUAUUCCAUAUGAAAAUUAGUUCUUGAAAAUAUUUGGAUUAACUUUAGAUCUGUGGGACCUUGCAGCAUAAAAUUUAUCUGAUUAAUGUAAUGUUUCUCCACUUUUCACAUUAUCUACAGGGACACCGUGGUUUUUCUUUUAAUUAAAUAUAUUCACAACUCUUCAAAAGCUCUAACUUUAAUGUAAAUGUUGACUUCAAAUAUUACAGCUUCACUAUUUAAAAUUUGACCUGUAGCGGUCUCUUCUUUUUUUUUCUUCUCUUCUUCUCCCAAGCCCUCCCCUUCCCCCUUAUUGCAGAUGUCUUCUUCUUGGCUUUCAGUUGUUUUGCCUGACUAAUUCUCGCAAUUCAUCUGAUCUGCACUCCCUACCCGCACUGGUCACCAGUCCUACUUUCUCUGUCCAGCUAGACCUAGCAAAUGGAUAGGGUUGUCCCUGCCAUUUGGACAAAAGCCUGUGAGCGUGGGACUUUCUUGAUGCCUGACUAUUUCCUGAGCAGGCUCUUUGGUGGAAAAUUUGUUCUUUAGGAAAACCAAGCAGUGGAUGCUGCAAGAUAAGUGACCUGGGACUCCCAUUCCUCAUUUUCAGUGCCCAUGAUCCCCAGUCUCACGAUGACCUUUUUGAUCCAGUCUGCUGACAGAACUGAGACUAUUUGCUUAAUAUUAUUCCAUUGCCAAAAGCAGUGUGAAAGUAGCAGAGAUACCUCAGAAGAAAACUACUCCCAGUAUCAUAUGAGGAUUCUAGUUAUGAUUUACAUAGUCAGCAUUUAGAAGCAAUUAACUAUAGUGUAUUUGAUAAAAUAACCUUUUCAAAUUAUGUCAGAUGCUUAAUAGACGGCUGGACUUCUGAUGAGUGAAGAGUGGCUGCUGGCAUGGAUGCAUUAAAGAAGUCUCCCUAGAGCUAGGCAUGAUCUGCAUAAAUAAAUCACCACCUCCCACAGAUACAACCUGCCUCACUAAUGGAUAUACCUGAGAUUUCAGUACAGGAGCCCUUUAUUUAUGAAAAGUUCGUGCCUUAAUCUAGCAGAAAACACAUAUCCAUUGACUUUGAAUUUUCAGGUUGUCAGUCAUAACAGACAUUCAGAAAAAUAGAUGAAGCCUUUAGACUUAACAUGGAGAAAUAAUGUUUUAUGGCUUUUGGACUGCAAGUCAUCAAGAGGAAGUGACAAUUUUCUCAUCGCAGUUAUGUUGUUGAGUCCAUAAGUCAAAGCUGUUUCUGCCAUUAAUGUUCCAAGCAGAAUCAUGAAUAAAAAAUAUAUAUGUAGCAGAUUGUUCAGCACAAAAGAAUCCAUCUGGCUUUGAUCACCUCUGUAAAAAUAUGGGUUUUUUACUGCAGCUUUGAUAUUAGUUGUUUGAUCUUGAGUAACCAAAAGCCAUGGUAUCAUAAUUCCUGUACCUGAGGUCCCUCCCUUUCAUACUGCUGUUGACAUUACCUUUGAAAGGGUUUCUAAAAACUGGAAACAUCACUGGUAAUGCCUUAGCAUGUGUUGUAUGACUUAUAUGAAGUUUUAUUUUUUUCAGCAGAACGCUUAAACAUGGCUAAAAUUCUAUGUUGGCACACAAAGUUCUAUUUCAAAGGUGGCAUUACUUUGUUAUAUGUUUGGCAGUUUCCUGAGGUUAGGCUUGUUUGUAUCUAGUCCUCUGAAAGACACUGGAUCUGUAGCACUUUGUGACAAGAGACCUCAGAGGUUCACAGUAUCUACAAGUCUUGCCGUAAAUAUUUUUAUCAGCCAAGUAAUAGCAGGCAGAGCAUUUGUGAUGGGGAAAGUGUGAAAUCACCAGAAAAGGAGGAAUGAGAAGUUAAAAUCACAGAAGAGUGAGACAGAGCACCCAGGACCUCCCAGUGCAUGCAAAGGAAGUGAACUGCAGAAGUGAAAGAGUGAAGCAGUGGGGAAUGUGGACAGACCAGUCUCUUCCCAUUCAACAGGUUUUAUCUACCUGGCACUUAAUACUGACAACCUUUCCCGGAGGCCCACUGUAAAGAUAAAGGAACACAGUAACUGAUAUGUUAGAUUAGACCUAUCCAUCUGAUCACAGCUCUUUUCUUGAGAGCAGCCAGGACCAGAAAAAUGAAAGGCAGGCAAGUGAGAGGAAAGCAGACUAUUGCAAUAAACUGUUCACAGAAAUGUGCCUUAGAUUUCUAAGCUGCACACAUGAAUAGCUAUCUGUCUUGUGCUCUGAUGCACAAUGCUUUACCAACCACCUUUCGAGUGUUCAUUUGGGAUAUUUAUGCUACCUACAUGUAUCUGUAAUUCAUGUUUUAAAUCCUACAAACUUCUUGCCAUAGUGAGAUUCAGGCCAGCUAUGUGCUGUGUAAAAUUGAAGUAUUUUCCAAAUAUAUUAUUUUGCUCUGUAUUAUAUUUGUCUUGCCUAUAUUCUAUGCUAAUGAGUCACCAUGGGGUCAGUGAGUCUCCAUGGACUAGGGAAGGAGAAAAGAAGGAAAAGGGGUGCUAUGCCUUGUGUUGCUGGUGACUAUCUUAUGUACAAAGCCGAACCUGUAUUCUCCUAAAGCAGACCAACCCCCCCCCCCCCCGCCAAAAAAAAAUUUCACUUUCCAUUCAUGGCAUUUGCUGUAAUCAUUAGUCUUCUCUGUAGCCUUAUAGUUUCAGUUUCUUAUGUUCUUUUAUUUUUCAAAAGAUUAAAUACUAAGGGAACAUUCAUUUCACUUUGAUUGCCAUUCAUUAUUUUGUACUUCUCCCUUCUAGGCAGAAUUCAGGCUAGCAAUACUUAGGGACUGGGAACUGCUAAAAUGGGUUUGAUGAAAUGAUCUAAAUGAAAGUCAU